AUGAAAGACCCUGAAGCUAUUGCAUUGCAAUUAAAAAAAGACCUACAGCUAUGUCAAGAGCAAAGACUCCCAAGUACUCUUGCCCUUCGCUUACCCAAGGCCCCGUCCCCGCUUCUUGACAAAGUGGCCUACUAUCUCACCCCCGACAGCGAGAUUACGGCUGCACUUCGAUCUUUCAGAUGCGAAAGCAUCAUUGAGGGGAUUAAGUCAUACCUCAAAAAUCUGAACGCCGUCGCAGACGAACCCAGCGACGCUCUACUCAGCGGGGAGACCCAUGCUCCUAAGACCAAAGAGCUAGAGACCACACUCAAAGUUCUGGAGUACCUCCAAAACAAUGAAUCAUUGUCGAGCAUCACAACGUCUAGUUCCUUGACCGAUAUUAUGACUGCACUCCGCUCUCAACUCUCAGUCGACAGCAAAAUCCGCAUGAAAUACUACAAGACAGCCCAGAAAGGUCAAAAGUUCAAGAAAGACGCCCAGUCCCGCAAAUGCUAUAUGUGUCGUCAGCUUUGCUCGAUAUUUGACGUCCACGACUUAUACCCCUCCCUAUGUGGUCCCUGUGGCUCUUUCAAUCUCAGCUCAUCAGCGCUGUCGUUACCCGGAAAGCUUGACCUCGGAGGUAAAACCGCUCUUGUUACAGGUGGUCGAAUAAACCUGGGAUACCAUACCGCUUUGAGGUUACUGCGCUGUGGCGCUAAAGUCAUUGUUUCCUCUCGGUAUCCGAGGGAUGCUGCGAUGCGAUAUUUACGAGAACCGGACUGUGAGCAAUGGGAACAUAAGCUCAAAGUUAUUGGUGCGGAUUUCCGGACUGCGAAAGACGCAUUUCGGCUUGUUCAUAUUGUGAAAGCUCUUCUGCGUGACUGGAAUGAAACGGACAGCAAUGGUGCUGAUGACGACUCUCUCGAUAUCCUGAUCAAUAAUGCCGCGCAGACGUUGACGGAUCCGGUCAAGGCCGAGAUGAAAGCAAUUUCCCGAGAAGAGGAUUUGGUCCAUGAGUCACAGACCAAUAGACUUCUGAUGGAUGGAGGUGGGGAUUCCUAUACACCGCGAAUCCGAGGCGGGAGCCAGGCGGCUUGGAUCCCCAGUAUUGAAAGUGAGAAGCGGGCACUGAUCGAUGAUGGGGCUGGAGAUGGCGACCAGAAAAAAACCAUUUAUAAGGGUCUCCGCAAUGGUGAACAGGAUACAGGAAAGUCAUCUUGGGUCCAAUCUCUGGAUGAGAUCCCUUACGAGGAUCUGAUCAGCGCACAUUCCGUCAAUGCUUUCGUCCCGUUGAUUCUAUGUCGCGAACUCCUUCCAUGCAUGGGUCAGCGUCGUCCUGGUAAAAGUGCACCGCUGGGAUACAUUGUGAAUGUUUCCUCGCGGGAGGGUAUUCUGGAGGAUACAAGAAGAUCCAGCAGCAAAGCUGGCCAUCAUGUUCAUACGAAUAUGUCCAAGGCUGCUAUUAAUAUGAUUACGGAGACUGAAGCUGGGAGGGCAUGGGAGAUGCGUCGUGUGGCUAUGAAUUCUGUGGAUCCUGGUUAUAUGAGCGCGGCACCCGAAUGCCAGCACGAAGAUGGUUGUCCGAUUAGUUUUGAAGAUGGGGCUGCUCGUGUGUUGUGGCCCGUUGUAGUGGGUGAACGUGAGGGUCGUGUAAUUUCAGGGAGAUUUCUGAAACAUUUUGAGGAGGGUGCUGCUAUCGUUAGACGAGGGAAUUAA